AGAAGAAAAAAGGUAUUUUCAUCUUUGUAAAUUGUAGUAACUUGCAAAGUUACUUUGGAUAAAUGAUUAACCAACUCAUGGACCACGGUGGAGUUGGAGUAAGAGAGAUAUGUUCCACAGUUAGACCAUAUUGUGUAUAAAUACCACAAGUCUGCAAUGGAAACCAAAUUUGAGCGCAAAAUUGGAAAUUACAGUCAAGCCUACCACAAUGGAAUCGCAUCCAUAACUCAACUUUUACAGUAAUUAUAUUGUUACAGUAUAGCUUUUAUAUAUGUCAAUAAACUUUUCAAUGUUUAGAUGUGUUGUAUUGUUACAAAAUCUAUUUCAAAUUUCACUAAGGUAACAAAAAAAAUGAAGUUCUGAUUAGUUACCACACUUUUAUGGCCAUAAACUUUGAACAAAUGCUUGAAAAAUUGCCAAAUUUACUCAUGUAUGCUGGCAUUUAUCAUGUCAAACUACUGUUGUUGUUGUACAUGUACGUAAAAACUUACAUUGGUAAGAUUGACAAAAUAAUGUUUGUUGUGCAGAGGGUACAUGUCACUAGAAUAUGCAUUAUGGGGUCACUUAACCCAUAAAGCAGAUGUUUACAGUUUUGGGAUUGUCACUUUGGAAAUUAUUGCUGGAGAGAACAACAUGAAAUAUCGUGCUAUUGAAAAUUAUGUUUGUCUACUUGAUUGGGCACUUGCUUUACAAAAAAAAGGAAAUUUAGUAGAGUUGAUGGGUCCAAAGUUGGGUUCCAAUUUCAACGAGGAGGAAGCAAUAAAAAUUAUUAAAGUGACUUUAUCUUGCACUAAUCAAUCUUCGGUGGUUAGGCCGACCAUGUCUGCAGUAAUAAGAAUGCUUGAAGGUGAUAUAUGUGUCAAAGAAUUGAUGAUGGAUCAAAGUGAAUAUGGUGAUGACUUAAGGUUCAAAUCCCUUAGAGACAAAUACUAUGAGCUACAAUGCCAGAACUCAAGCGAAGGUCAAACCCUCAUUGAUUUAUCAGAAAUAGCACAAAAUGGCUCGUCCUCUACAACUUCUCAUGAUCUCUACCCAUUUAGUCUUGAUUCUCAUUAAUGAAAUCCAACUUGGAAUGUGUCAUGGUGGCUUCAUUACUCUGCAAGCAUUACAUGCAUUGUUUUUUUAAUUUUGGUUGAAAAAUUUCAUUCUGUUGUUUUUUAAUGUUUCAAAUGUUUAAUGUUUGAUGUUUUGGUGAUUGUUAGUCUUUCGGUAACUUUGUCAUAUGUUUUCAGGUCAUGUGAUUUGUUUUUAGAUAGUAGAAUUUUGUUUUGGUUGUGUGGUUGUAUUGUUGUUGAAGUUCUACAAGUGAAGAAAAGUCGAAA